AUGUCCACCACACUUUUUGACGAUAUUUUCCAGGUCACGGAAGUGGACCAGGGUCGGUACAACAAGGUAUCGCGAAUUGAGUCGCAUUCCACUUCCCAGGAAUUCCAGCUCACUCUAGAUAUCAACACGGAACUUUUCCCGGUCCGCGUCAAUGACACGCUAACAGUGAUGCUUUCGUCUACUCUAUUGCUCGAUGGCGCCGAGCCAGUCCAGGGAAGCUCUUGGAGAGCACCACAACCGGGUGAGAGAUCUCUAGCAGACGACUACGACUACGUGAUGUACGGAACGGCGUACAGAUUCGAAGAAGUGGCUGGCAAAAAAGAUCUGAUUGCCGUGCACUACUCAUUCGGAGGUCUGCUGAUGCGUUUGGAGGGAAACUACCGUGGUCUCAGCAACUUGAAGCAGGAAAACGCCUACCUUUUGAUCCGUCGCUGA